CUUAUUUCCACACGUCAACCCCUCGAACACCGCUUCCCUCGUCGACACUUCAUUGAAGACGACCCUCACACGACGCUUCACCAAACCCUCAUCUUUUUCUCUCCUUCUCUUCUCCCUUCUCUCUGGAAUUCUCCGAUCGUGAAUCAGAUCUAUGUUUUGUGGAUGAUCCCCCAUAAUCUCCGCUCUCCGGCGAUCCCUGUAGAUCUCUGUAUCUCCAUCGAAUUCAGAUCCAUUCUCCCAUCUGUUCCAAAUCUUGUUGCUUUUUGUUUUGAAUUGGAUUGAGAUCUAUUUUUAUGGUAACCUGUAUGAUUCUCGAUCAAUCUUAGUUUGGUUUGGUGAGGAUUUGUGAAUUUUCUUUGGUUUUGUGAUCGGGAUUGGAUUUAGGGUUUGGAUUGUUUUUGGGUCUGGGAUAAAUGGCGAUGGUUGAUUGCCGGAGCUUGAUUGAGUUCUGCCGUGCGUUUGAGCGGCAUCGGAGAACGGCGGCGAGCUCCACGGAAUCAUCGGAGCACCAUCGUUUCCGUAAGAGCAAGUCUCUUAAUCCCUUGUCUCACCCUUUCUGUGAGCACUCAACCUUCGCCGUCGUUGACAUCGUCAUCCUCUGCCUGGCCCUUGGAGCGCUCGGAGUCCUCACCGUCCCUUGCCUCAAGCUCAUCUUCCAAGAAUCUAGCUAUCUUCUCACCUUUGCGGUGGCUUUCAUGGAGGAAGUCAUCUGCAAUGCCCCUGUUGCUUACAUUGCAGGCUUGAUCAUGUUCGUUACUGCCAUCGUCGUUUGGGAAUGGAUCAGUUACCAGGGGAGGAAAUGCGGGAAUCCUUAUUGCAAAGGUCUUAAGAAAGCCGUCGAAUUUGAUAUCCAGCUUGAAUCAGAGGAAUGUGUGAGGUACUUGCCACCUUCGCCAAAGGACUUGCUUGGAGCCUGCCCGCUUGAACUAGGAGGUGAUCACAAGGAGCUUGAAGCUGAGCUUAAGAAGAUGGCACCGCUGAAUGGACGCACUGUUCUGAUAUUUCGCUUGCGUUGUGGGUGCCCUGCUGGGAGAAUGGAGGUUUGGGGGGAGAAGAAAGUGCGCAGGAUCAAGAAGUAGACAUCUAUAUAUACUCAUCUUUAUCUCAUAAUAUGCCCUCUUAUAGGAACAAUAUCCAACUUUAAGCUUGUGGAUCUCUCAUUACUCCUCUUCAGCAAAUAAAUAACAUAGGAUAUGCUCUGAAGAUUGUAGCAUCUAGCGGCAUUAUCAUAUCAUACUUUCAUCGCCAGGGAACUUCAAUCACAUAAUUUCAAUAAAGUGAUCUAUUAGAUAUCAUUUGUGACUUAAUAUUUUUGCCUGGUUGCUUCUUUCUUCUGUCAUGACAUUCUUUUGAUAAGUUGCAUUUCUGGAGCAUGAUGUGUUCAUAUUAAUCUAGUCUUAGCAUUCUAGUGUAUGCAAAUUAUUAGAAGGGACUGUUUUUGAAUUUGUUCUCUAUCUCUAAUUAGUUCAAAGCUUUGGUACUACAUGACCAUUAUGUUUGGAGGAAAUAUCUUUCUUUCUUUUUUCCCAUGUAGCAUGUGAUUUUAAUAGUUUAAUAUCCAAUCAAUGUGGUACUCUCCUUGCAUGUUUUGUUUUGUUUUUUAUUUUAUAUCUGUCAUUUUUAGACUUCUUUGGAUGGUAGCUUUUUCAAGUGAGGCAGCUUGUUUUGACGCUAACGACAAACUUAUGAUCAAGCUACUUGUUUUAUGUUUUCAAUGGUCCAUGACUCUGUUAUGUUCUGAAACUGUAUUUUUUUGGAAUUAUUUAUAAUAGUUGGCGCAAACUUGUUUCCAAGUCAAUUGUUUGUUGCUGAUUAAGCUACUUCUUUGGACUUUUUUUUAGACUUUUUAGAUGUUAGCUUUUUGUAGGUGAGGUAGCUUGUUUGAUGCUAACGACAGACUUUUGAUCAAGCUACUUCUUGUUUUAUGUUUCAAAAUGGUCCAUGACUAUGUUUAUGCUUCGAGACUGUAUUUUCCUGGAAUCAUAUUACGAUAGUUGGAGCAAACAUGUUUCGUGAUAUCUCUUCAAGUUGUAAUGUCUUUCGAUUCAAGUCAAUUGCUCAUUGCUGAUUAAGCUACUUUUUUUAGACUUUGUAGAUGUGAGCCAUUUCAAGUGAGGUAGCUUGUUUUGACGCUAGCAACAAACCUAUCAUCAAGCUACUUGGUUUGUUUUUUCCAAAUGGUUCAUGACUCUGUUUAUGCUCUGAGACUGUAUUUUUUUGGAAUCAUAUUAUUAUAGUUGGUGCAAACCUGUUUCAUGGUACCUCUUCAAGCUGUGAUGCCUUCGAUUCGAGUCAAUUGUCUGCCACUGAUUUUCAAGUUGAUAUAUUGCUGGGAGAAAAGUUUGUUUUUCCCGAAUGAUAAUAAUUCAUUGAAAUUAAAUACUGUUUGUGAAUUUUCUGUGUUUAGUUAUGAAUUGUUGUUUCUUGAGGGAACAAUGGUUAGCAAAAUUAUGAGGUUUUACCAUACUUUUGUUCUUGAAAUAAUUAAAGCAGCUAUUUUAUUUGUAUGAUAUUUUUUUUCUUUGUAAAUGAUUUAUUUGAUCCUUAAAUAUAAUCUUCAAAAGACAUGGCACCAUGCUGGUUUAAAUUUAGCUUGGCUAAAAUAUUUGACGCCCGUACUAGUGAUCUAAAUUUAGAUUGGUGUUGCAAAUUAGAAAUCAUGAGAGAGUUUGAUAGUGUGUUUCCUGAAUUUCAAUGAUUAUACAUGGCCUUUUGAAAUUGGAAUUUUCUUCUCAAAGUAGUAAGGUCGCAUAUUCUUAUAUCUUCUCAAUUGGGAAAACUGGGAGUCGUUGUUAUGUUCACGUGGUAGGAUGCUAUGUGUGAAAGUUGAUUUUCUUUAUUUAGAAAGAAGAUACAAAGAAGCCUAUAAGAGGGAGGGGAGGUUAACUUAUUUGUUUGACAUGAUUAUGUUCCAUUGUCUUUUGUCAAUUUAAGAGCAUUAUCAUAGACGAUGUUGGGAAAAGGCAUGUCUAUUGUGGCAUGCUCAUGUAUCUUAUGAACAUCCAUACAGUUCUCCUUCUUCUUCCUCAUAUGUACUUUAACUUCUCGAUCAAGAAAGGCCUACAUAGCAAAGGUUAGCGCUUUUAAUGGAGUCAAAGAAUUUGUCAGCAGUUUGAGAAUGCACUGAGACUGCCUUCAAACUAACUUUUAGUUUACACUACUUGUGAUGGCAUAGAAAAUAACUUUUUUUUUAUUGGUUGAACAUAAACCAUUUUCCGCUGGUGCAGGUUUAUAUCAAGUUUAAGAUAAUCCAGGUUUAUAAAAUUAUUGCUAAAUGUCUGUGCUUUGUGAUCUUCUAUUUUGUUCUCUCUGUUAUUAUUUUCUCUUAACAUAAUUCUUCAACCAAUUAUUAUUAUUAUCUUUGUUCUUUAGUGGUUGAAAUGGCCAGGGACAUGAUGCAUAAGGGACAGUUUUCAGUGACUCUGAAAGAGGCAACUAAAUGAUGACCAUCUGGUAUCAUGACAACCUGAGAGAGUGAUGAAUGCAUUCAAUUGAGAAACAAACUGGACCCCAUUGAUUGUUGGGAAUAUGGUAUCAAAAGAAGAGAUGGCACUUGUGUGGGGUGAAGCUAGCUUAUAACUGGAGACUGGGGAUGAACUGAACUAUCAUCUUCUGAUGAAUCUCUUACUCAUUUACAGAACUUCUCAUUUUCAGGGGGUUAAAAUGAGUUGUGCUUUCAAUUGCAAAGUUUGAAUCAUCAAUGGUCUUAAUCUAGUUCCUUGAGAGAAUUUCCAGUGUAGACUUGGACCUGCUGUAGUAGUUUUAAUGGUGUAUGCUGUAAUCAUAGAGCAUGCAGUUGGAAGAAGUGGAACGACCAUAGUUUUGUUGAGGACUUUUUGCUAGUUCGUUCUGAGAAUGACGUGUAGGGUGUUAUGGGAGUUCGGGCUUUUAGCCCUAUAAGAACUGUAUUGAGUUCUUGACUUUACAGUGUUUCUAGUUAUUUGCAAGGAUUUUUAGAAGUUCUACUGUUAUUUUAUCAUAGUCAAUUUUCGUGAUAUUCUAUGAUGUCUCCUAUGUUCUGAUGACAUGACUUUGAGACUGCUUAUUAGUGAAGUACCUUCUGUUUUAGGUUUGUGUUUUUUAUUAUUUUUUAGGAUAAA